GCCAAUUUUGUUUGGCUGUUCUCCGCCAUGGGGAGGGUCAAGCUGAAGAUCAAGAAACUGGAGAACAGCAGUGGACGGCACGUCACGUAUUCGAAGCGACGGUCGGGGAUCCUGAAGAAGGCCAAGGAAUUGUCUAUACUCUGCGACAUUGAUCUCAUCCUCCUCAUGUUCUCGCCCUCCGGCAAGCCCACCAUAUGCAUCGGCGAAAGAAGCAACAUGGAGGAAGUUAUAGCAAAAUAUGCACAACUUACACCUCAAGAAAGGGCUAAAAGGAAAUUGGAGAGCUUAGAAGCCCUAAAGAAGACCUUCAAGAAGCUAGACCAUGAUGUAAAUAUUCAGGACUUCUUAGGCUCUGGGGGUCAGACAGUCGAGGAGUUGUCAAGCUAUCUCGGUUCGUUGCAAUGUCAAAUGGCAGACGCUCAAAAGCGUCUCAGUUAUUGGAGCGAUCCCGAGAAGGUUGAGAAUAUCGACCACAUAAGAGCAAUGGAGCAAUCUCUCAACGACUCCCUUAAUCGCAUCCGAAUCCAUAAGGAGAACCUUGCAAAGCAGCACCUGAUCGGCCUGCAGUGUGCUCCUGCUCAGUUCCAGAACGACAUGCAGUUGCCUCUAGGACUGACCGGUGACCCGAACCCUUCGUCGUGGUUCCACAACGGCGCCGCCGACGGACAGCAACCCAUGAUGCUACCCGACGACCCCAGCUUGCUCCAUCAGAGGGACAUCGGUUGCUCGACAAGCACGUCGCUGCACAGCUACCCGGGCUACUUCAGCAUGAGCAAGCAGUCGAUGGACACCGGCGGUUGUAGCGAGCACGGGCAGCCGGCGGUGCAGCAGCAGCCAUCGGAGUUCAACCAAGCCGAAUGCCUGACGUCGCUGCACCUGGGCACGCAGUUCCCGUACACGCCCUUCGACCACACCGGCCUCCUCAACGAGAGAAUGUUCAGGCCGGACGCCGUCGAGCUGCACGACGGCGGCGCGGCCAUCGACUUUGGCGGUGGCCACUUCGACUUGCCCAGGCCCGGCGAUGAGGCCAGCUUCCAGAACUGGGCGUCGGCAGCCUGCGGCGCGGCCAUGUUCGACCAGCAGCAGCAUCACCAGCAGCAACAGCCGUCGUCAGCACAAGUGAGUUCCAUGUCCGAGCUCAUGCAAGUGGCCGUGCAUAAGAACUAA